GUUGAGGAAGACGAAGAGGGGCUCCGCGCAAUCGAAAGACUUGCAGAGAUGUUUGGCCAGGACCCUCAGAUCUUCAGCCAGCGAUUGUACGAAACUUUCGGGCUGCCCGACAGAGUCAAUCCGGACUUCUCUGCCUGGCAAAAGUCAAUGACCAUGUCGGAGGCUGUGAUGCAAAAAGAGUCCCUCAUGGCCCUGAACCGCUUCUGA